GACGAGAGUAAAUACAAGAGGAGCGCAAGAUGGCGGCCCCGCCGAACCCCGCUCCGGGCGCCGCGGCCGCGCUCUCGGACAGGGAGGCGUUCGGCAAGCUGCAGCCUGCCUCGCGGGAGCCUCCGGGGGCGGCGUCCGCCAAGAAGGUCCGGACCGAGGAGCGGAAGGCGCCGCGGAGAGUGAACGGCGACGGCAGCGGCGGGAGGCAGCCUGCGAGCUACGGCGGCCCGGCGGCUUGGAGCUUCGCGCCCGCCUCCUCCUCGUCCUCCCCGGCCGCCGCCCGGAGCUGCUUCUCCCCGCCGGCCUCCGCGGCCCCAGCUCCCCCGCCGCAGCCGCUGCCGCGCACGCUGCUGCUCGCCCCCUCGCUGCUGCACGCGCGGCCCCAGCACGUCCUGCUCCCGCCCGCCGCGCCGCCCUCCUCCUCCUCCUCCUCCUCCGCCGCCGCCGCCGCCGCCUCAGCCGCCGCCAAGCCGCGCAGACCCAAGGACCCCAAGGACCGGCGCGAGCGGGAGAAGCGGAGGCACGGCCUCGGCGGCGCCGCCCGGGAUGAGAACGGCGAGGCCAGGCCGGCGUCGCUGCAGCCGCAGCCGCCGCGAGAUAAAAUCAAAGACAAAAUUAAAGAGAACGACAAAGAAAAAGAGAGAGAAAAAAAGAAACACAAAGUAAUGAGUGAGAUCAAGAAGGAAAAUGGAGAUGUAAAGAUUCUGCUGAAAAGUGGGAAGGAGAAACCAAAAACAAAUAUAGAAGACUUGCAAAUUAAGAAAGUAAAGAAGAAAAAGAAAAAGAAACACAAAGAGAAUGAAAAGCGGAAGCGUCCAAAAAUGUAUAGCAAGUCUAUUCAGACCAUCUGUGCAGGAUUGCUGUCUGAGGCUGAGGGUCAAGAAGCCAAAGGCGUCUUAAAUGAUCACAUAAAGGAUUACAUUGGAAAACAUUUAAACGCCAAGAACUGUGACUCUAAGGUUUCUGGUAACAGUGAAUCUCCAUUUGUCUCGUUGAAGGAACCGCGCAUUCAGCAUAACCUGAAGAGGUUGGACACGCUGGAGUUCAAGCGGCUCGUUCAUAUCGAGCACCAGCCUAACGGAGGGGCGUCUGUGGUCCAUGCCUACAGUAAUGAGCUCUCCUGCCUGUCUCCUGUGGAGAUGCAGAGAUUUGCAGAAGAAUUUGUGGGGUUAGUGUUCAGUGAAAGUGAAAGUUCUGCAGCUUUCUAUGUCAUGGGUAUUGUUCAUGGGGCAGCUACUUACUUACCCGACUUUUUAGACUACUUUUCAUAUAAUUUUCCCAAUUCACCAGUGAAAAUGGAGAUAUUGGGAAAGAAAGAUAUAGAGACGACGACUAUGUCCAAUUUUCAUGCUCAGGUAAAAAGAACAUAUUCUCAUGGUACUUACAGAGCUGGCCCCAUGCGACAGAUUAGCUUGGUGGGAGCCGUUGAUGAAGAAGUGGGAGAUUUCUUCCCUGAGUUCCUUGACAUGUUGGAGGAGUCACCGUUCUUAAAAUGUACGUUGCCGUGGGGAACACUCUCUAGUCUAAAGCUAGAGAGUCGGAAAGAUAGCGAUGAUGGCCCCAUCAUGUGGGUGCGUCCAGGAGAGCAGAUGAUCCCUGUGGCGGACAUGCCAAAGUCGCCCUUCAAGAGGAAAAGGACUACCAAUGAAAUAAAAAACCUUCAGUAUCUACCUCGAACCAGCGAGCCUCGGGAGAUGCUGUUUGAAGACAGGACGAGGGCCCACGCUGACCACAUAGGCCAAGGCUUUGAGCGACAGACCACAGCUGCCGUGGGGGUGCUGAAGGCUGUGCACUGUGGACAGCGACCUGACCAGCCCCGAAUAACCAAAGAUGUGAUUUGUUUCCAUGCAGAAGAUUUCUUAGAAGUGGUUCAACGAAUGCAGUUAGAUUUACACGAACCUCCACUGUCCCAGUGUGUUCAGUGGGUUGAUGAUGCAAAACUUAAUCAGCUGCGGAGAGAAGGCAUUCGCUAUGCCAGGGUUCAGCUGUACGACAAUGACAUUUACUUCAUUCCCAGGAAUGUUGUUCAUCAGUUCAAGACAGUCUCUGCUGUGUGCAGUUUGGCGUGGCAUGUUCGACUUAAGUUAUAUCACGCAGAGGAGGACACUUGUCUCAGUGCGGUCACUCACGAAACAUGCAUGUCAUCAGGUCCCAAGUCAUCCGCUCUCGAACCUCACACUGGCAACAUUCUUUGUGCUGUGAACCAAACCUCACCAGACUCUGUGUUUUCAGACAAACUUCCUUCUAAGUAUGAAUCACAACAGAUUAAACAUGAACCUAUUGCACCUACACGAACCAAGGAAGACCCUUUGAGAGUUACUAUAGCUGAAAAGACUAGAACCCCGAAUAGCACGGAAGGCAAGACUGUUAAGACGAAGUUGGAUCAUGUUCAGUUUUCAGGUUUUCAGAUUGACGUGGAUUCUAAAUUUGAAGACAGUAACAAAGACUUCAGGGAAGAACUGUGUCCUGGAAGUCUCAAUGAUAUAGUUGAUACACGGCAACAGAGUUCUGUGCACUCAAAUCAAGACAAGAAGGAUGAUGGCAAUUUGUGCUAAAUUUGUACAUUGUGUUUAAAAUUCCUUUUUAAAGAUAAUUUGUAAUAACGAUUCAUGAAAUCUGAAAGCGAGCCUAGGAAUUGCUCUCGUUGGUUACAACGUAGUUUAUGUAGCUUCGUAACAUUCCGCAGUGCCUGUCCGUGACUGAAUCCGCGCACUAGGGCCCGCUGCACUGUCGCCAUUGCCGGUCACAUCAAAGGAGUCUGAGUUUGAGGUUCAGGAUGGAGCUGACAAAAAUCACAUAAAUAUAUUUUUUGUAAUAUGAGCCAGAAUUCUUUUUUGACAAUUUAAGGUUUUCCAUAGAGCUUAUUUAUAUCUCCUUUUCCUUUCCUGCCAAGUGUGUCAGCACUGUAUGUACAUAGCUUUCAAGAGUCUUCAGUACGAUCCAUAUUGAAAUGUGAGCCACCUAAUAAAGGUUCAUAACAAUGAAUGUUUUCUGUUGAGUUUGCAGAAACAACCUGACAAUUCAGUUUGUUUCAUCUAUGUCUCUAUUAAUAUAUACAUGUGGGGGAGGAAAUGGAGGAAAAUGUAUGUGCUCAAAUUUAGUAAAUAUUUUAAUUUCCCAUAUUGUACAAACCUUCAAAAAACCAGGAUUCAGUUAUGAAAGCAUAUACAUAAUAUAUUGUGUGUUUGUGUGUGUGUACACACAUGUGCGUGUAUUUUGGGAUGUAUAUAUGUAUAUUGUUUUGCACAAUUUCUUAAAUUGAUGAAUAUAGAAAAUUCCUAGUGCUACUUUCUGGAAUACAUCUUAAAAUAUUUAUGUUCAACAAUAAGAAAAUAAUUAAUAGGGAGUUAGAAGUUGGGAGAAACUAAGUAUGUUGAUGGUUUUAUCCCUUUAGUUAAUGAAGUUACGUGGCCAGAUUCUUUAGCCCUAGUGUAAUCCUCUUUUUCUAGGUGAUAGAAAUUUUUCUUACUAAAGGGCACCUGUAUGUUUAAUAAUAGCUGAGUAAAAAACUGACAUGCACAAAGUUGAAUUAUGGGCAAUUAAAAGGCUUCUUUUACAUUUUUCCAUGCUACAAAAACAAAUUUUUAAACAGAGGCAAUGAUAGUGACUCAGAUGUAACAGCACCGUCAGCUCGUCUUUCUCAGGACCUCUCCCCGGCCGCCAGGCCAGUGUCAGGCAUAGCCUCCUAGAGCUCUGGCAGGGCCGCUGUGUAUGGUGAGUAGGGAAGUCUGCACAGCCUCGGUCUGCUCCACUUGGAAGUGUGUGUGGGGGGAUGGAAGGAGCUCUUGCAUUGCAAACGUUUUCCUUGUAUUAUCCUGGGUCCCUGUCUUGACUGACAACUUUCAGCCAGCUUUCCUGCGCUGCGCUGCCUUUCGGGAGACUGCCGUUUCCAUUCCGUGGGUUCCAUUUUCACCGCCCAUGCUUUGUAUGUGGUGAGGAACUGAUGAGAAUCAACGUUAGCAACAGUGGGAAGUCUUCUCUUCUGACUUACUAAGAAGAUGGGCAGUGAAACAGGACAUCUUGGUAGCUUACAGGAACUCAGCUUGUAGUGCGGACAUUUCAUGGAGUGGAGUAGUUCAAAGUCAUGGCAGUGGAAAUAAGGGUUUGCUCUCUAUGUAACUGGCUGUCUUUCACUGCACUUACUUAAGCCACUUUAAGCUGAAUUUAGGGUUCUUCAUCAUCUUUCUGGGGAACAGAUUCUUAGUAAACGAGUGCUAAGACUAGGAAGGAAUACUGUUAAGACCUGGAUUUUAAAUUAGGGGUGAUAUCUUUACCACGGUGUGUUUGUUCCUAGUCCCCUAUAGUAGACACUCUGAGGUCAUACUGCAAGGAAACACUGUUAGGUUGUUCCCCAGAUAGAUGAGCCUACGGUUUUCCCUUAAAGGAGCGCAUGUUUCUUAUGUAGCCCACAGUCAGUUACCCAUAAUGUAAAGGUUUAGUUGAUUGUCAAAUGCAUACACCUCUGUGAAGGUGGGGUAUGAAUAACCAACGUGCUCAAGAGUUCGAGAUAAAGCCUUACAGACUUGAAUCAUGCUUAUGCCCCUGGUCUUACGGGUUCCUUUUUAAAAAUCCUCUUCAGAUGCCAUCUGAGAACUUGCUGAACUGAGAACUACCUUUGUUACACACAAAUACCUAUUUUAAUACUGCAUAUUAGUGGUUUUUUAGUUAGUAUACUCUCAUUCUCCAUGUGAAAUAAGAUUUUUUUAAUUUCCAAUAUCUUAGACCAGAACAAUAAAGCACUUAAGAUGCAGUUUUAAUAAGGUCAUAUGCUAUACAGAGUCAUUGUUAAUAUGUUAUUAAAUGAUAUAUAGACCUUCACUUCAAAACUUAGGUCUCUCUCUCUCUCUCUCUCUCACACACACACACACACACACACACACACACACACACACACAUUUUCCCCUUCUUUUCUCAUUUUAUUUAUAUCCUCUUAGCUAAGUCAUAUAUCCCAUACUCAGGUUAGCUCUCAAAAGAAUUAAACAUUUUUGAUAUUUAGUUGCAAAUUUACAUAAAGCCAUAUAUUGAUUGUCUGUGUCCCUUACGACAAGACUGCUGACCUUAAUGACCAGGUUGGUUUACACAGCACUGUGUAUUGUAUUAUGUAUGCAUUUCUCUAUAAACUUGCUUGAAAUAGGCUUCUUUCUGAAAUGGGAGGGGUAGGCAAUUGAGGAAAAAUUUUCUUAGGUUAAAUGUUUUAAGAAAUUUAAUUAAUGUACUCAAAAUAAGAUUUUCUUUUCUAAAUUCAGUUCUAUGGCAGGUAAGAUUUUUUUUGUAAACAAUAAAUUAGCAUUGCUUGGUAAACUCAGUUUUGGGGGGGCGAAAGGGACAGUUUAUUGGUAUGUAAAGCACUUAUUUACAUUUAGGUACAGAUUUGUUUUUGGCAUUUGAGAGGCUAUUUUCCUUGUCUUCCACCUUUCAAUAAAUAAGAUUGAUAACCACA